UUGCAUCAUCAUUCAUGUUGAUUCCUUCUGUAACAGAUGAGUGCAUGGUAUAAUCUUUGUAUUAUCUUACUUUCCAACAGUCUAACCGAAUUGCUUCCUUGUGUGAAUAACCCAUGUCAUCUGAUUGCAUUGACCGUCACUUGUAUUUGGUAUAGCUCAUGUAAUAUAGUACCUAUGCGACAUUGUAUGUACAUUUUACAAAUAAUUCUUUUCUGUUACAAACUUUCCAAUGAUAGUAGACUCUUCAUGACGGUCAAUGCUCGAAACUGCACGAUAUUAAUGCAUUGUUGAUGAAUACAGUCAGUACGGUGCUCUUGUGGUGAACAUGGGUGAUGAGGAUGAGAAGGAGGAGCCGAAGCCGAUGCCCGAGGAUGCUGACGUCAAGGACGCCACAACAACCACCAUCGUUGCUAAAACCGAUGGUGACAACGGCCAAGCUGUAACAGAGGCUCCACUGGCCAGCGUGGAAGGCAUGGAGGCCGAGGUGGCGGACACGGGGCCCGAUGAGAUCGCCGGCGAGGGCUUCAGCCUGCUGGAGUUCGCGCCGGCCGCUCACCGCUUCCGCAUGUCCAUGCUGCAGCCGUCCGACCCGCGCUCCUUCUACUCCGCCGUCAAGCGUGAGAUCAAACUGCUCAAGAGCGACCUGCCGCCUGGCGUGUGGGUCCGCGGAUACGAGAACCGCAUCGAUCUGCUGUCGGUGAUGAUUGCCGGCCCGACCAAGACCCCGUACGAGGACGGGCUGUUCGUGUUCGACGUGCAGCUCGGCGGCGAGUACCCGCGCGCCCCGCCUCUCUGCCACUACCACUCAUACUGCAGCGACCGCCUCAAUCCCAACCUCUACGAAGACGGAAAGGUUUGCGUUUCCCUUCUCGGCACAUGGUCCGGCCGCGGCGUGGAAGUGUGGGGCAAAGACAGCUCUCUACUGCAGGUGAUCGUCUGACUGCAGGGCCUCAUUCUCAAUUCUGAGCCAUAUUUCAAUGAGGCCGGAUAUGAAAAACAAAAAGGCACUCAACAAGGCAACGAGAACUCGCGCAUGUACAACGAGAUGGUGCUGCUGAAGCUGGUGCAGUCCAUGACUAAGAUGGUGCUGAACCCGCCCGAGCCGUUCCGGCGCGAGAUCGUGCAGCACCUGCGCGCGCACGCGGCCGCGCUAUGCCGCCGCCUCGAGGGGCUCGUGGCGCUGUCCCGCGGCGAGCCCGCGCCCGGCGCCGCGCUGCCCGCGCCGCCCGACUACCCGCUGGUGCCGGCCUCGCGCGGCUUCUGCCUCACGCUGCGCUCGUCGCUCGACGCCUUCCGCGCCGCGCUGCGCCGCAACGACAUCCACGUGCCGCCCUCCAUCGUUAUAUCCGCUGCGCUAAGCGCCGCCGCCACCUCCACACCACUAGUGCGUCUGUCGACCCAUCCUAUCGUCUGUAUCGCCNCCGGUUUCCAUUCACUUUACAUAUUCGAGUAGUAGAACCGACACCGAAGCACUGGCCGGUGUCGGUCCCCGCGAUGUCCCUUUUACGGUUUAAUAAAAUAAAUAAAAAUGUCGUAGCUAUAGUAUUUAUUGUGAUGUACUUUUCGAUUAUAGGAAUAUUUUAGAUGUUCGACCUGAGCUGUUAGGUCUAUUAUUGUUAUUAUUUUUUUUGUUUGUUUCUCACGAAUAAAAAUUACAUAUUCCGAGUUCUCUCUCAUCAUUAAGUAUUUUAUCAUUAGUGUCGAAUGCAUGAAAGUCGAAUUGGUUGUUCAUAUUGCUAGUCAAUAUGAAAUAAACAGGUUCUCUUUAAUAUUUACAAAUCAAAUUCUAAAUAAUAAAUGUCGAUCUUAUGCGAAUGAUAUGAUUAUUAUUAGAUCUUUUAAAUAUUAGAUUAAUAUUAUUUAUUUGUAACAUGUUAUGUCUACUUAUAAAUCAACAGCGUUAUGGGUACUUAUUUGAAAAUUGCAUACUUUUUACGAGGAGAUGCUUUUUUGCUGUUGUUCAAUUUUGCUACACGGAGUGUUGUUACUAUGCUAAUGAUUUUAGAUACGCGCCUAGAUUAUGAUACGUUCUCAUCCGUAUGUUUGUUUUGUAAUUCAAUGCGAUAAUGUUAUCAUUUUGUGAACGAACGUGCGACUGUUGUGGAUAGCAAUGUUUUAUUUUGUACGUGUGUUAUGUGUGCGUAAAUACUUUCAUUCAUUUUUGUAUGUAAUUAUAAUUAUAAUAUUUCAUUUCAUUUUAUACAGCGGGAUAUCUUUAAUGUGUUGUGAUAAUUAGAUACUAUUUCAGUAAAAUUUUCACUAUUCAACAAUCUUAGUCACUUAGUGUUUUGGCUUUACAACUGCAAGCACCCAAUAUAAGGUAUAUUGAAUAGUUUCACUCGCCUAACUGUCUAUACUAUCGGUUUCUGUGCCUAAAAAACAAAAUAAAAAAAAAGAUUUUUUAUUUAUUUAUAAUUAUUUUAUUUAUGUGGUGAGCCCAUAUUAUUAUUAUGGCGUUAGUCACAAAAUGUUUCUUCACGAAGAAAUGCCGUUGUAGUCUAAAUUGUAUUAGUAUUAUUAACCAGUGUUACCUAUUUCAGUAGUGAUAAUUCAAAAUUGGUCUACUCGUAUUAUUUUUGGGUUAUUGUGUUAGAAGCGAUCCCGUGUUUAGUGCUUGUAGCGUUGAAUUGUACGAGUCCAUAGCUGCGCCGGCCGCGCGGCAGCACAAAUACAAUGUAAUUUCAUGCCAAAGUCAAUUGAGCUAUGGAAGGCUUUUGUCGCUUGUGUACGCGAGAUAAGUGACAACUGUGUAUAAUGAUGAUAUAAUAAAUAAUUCUUCGACCUUA